AUGUCGGUGCCCCUGCUCCUGAUCCGGCUUCUGGUCCUGGGUCUGGUCCACCCUCAGACCACGGUCCCGGUCCGGGUCCAGCUGGGUCAGUCUGUGGUCCUGCAGUGCUCUCUGAGUCCGGACCAGAGCUGGUGGUUCAUGGAGGUGCACAGUGGUCUUCAGAGCUGCAUCAGCCAGAACCUGGCUCUGAAUCAAACCAGCUUCUACUCAGUGUCUGAGUCUGAGAAGUUCUCUGUGGAGAGCAGCAACCUGACCAUCCACAACUUGAGCCAGUCCGACCUGAGGACCUACAGCUGCGUGAAGGUCCAGGCCACACAGAACCUCAAGUACGGCUUCCACCAGAUGUUUGAGGAGAGGCACAGAUACACGCUGAACUCAGAUGAGGACUCUACAAUCCAGGACCUAGGUCUGGACCAGGUCGGGACCUUCAGGCUCCUCCUGGUCUCAGCAGCUCUGAACCUGCUCCUCACUGUUACAGUGUUGGGGCUGUUAUGUUUGUGGAGGAGAGGUUCCAAAGCUGUAGUCCAGGAACACACAGAGGUUCAGUAUGAGGAGAUCCAGCACAGUCCCAGACCAAGUCCCGGACCAAGACUCGGACCAGGACCAGGACUCCGAGCUCAUCCUCCCUUCGACUUCUACUGCAAAGUCCAGCUGCCCAUAGCCCCUCCUUCGCUCUCAAAGCCCCGCCCCCUGUGA